UCUACCCGCUAAGCAAUGUUGCGACGUUUCUUCAUACACAACAGUCAAUUUGUCAAACAUUUUGAAAGUACUCACUUAAAAUCAGCGUCGACUUUUAGGCUUUCCACCGAAUUCAAUCGACAAUUUCGCAGAAUGUCCAGUGCCAGUGGUGAUGUAUUGAUUGGAACCCACAAUGGUAUGUUUCAUUGUGAUGAAAUAUUGGCUUGUUACAUGCUGCAACAGUUGCCAAAGUAUGAGAACGCGCGAAUCGUUCGGUCCCGAGAUGCCGAUGUGUUGAAAGAUUGUGACAUUGUCAUUGAUGUGGGCAGUGUAUUUGAUCCAGAAACAUUCCGAUUCGAUCAUCAUCAAAAAACAUUCGACCAUACAUUGGGUUCACUUCGUCCGGAAUUUGUCGAGAAAUUCUCAACGGUACGCUUGAGCUCGGCUGGCCUAAUUUACACACACUUUGGCGAAGAGGUUAUCAGCCGUUUGGUAAAGCGAUUAAAAGGUGUCGAACUUAGUGACGAAUGCUUGCGCAGCGUUUUUGAAAAGGUGUACGAGUAUUUUAUUCAAGAAAUCGAUGGCAUUGAUAAUGGUGUGCCACAGUUUGCCGGUGAACCAGUGUAUCGCAUCUCAACACAUUUGAGCUCACGCGUCGGCCAUUUCAAUUCACAAUGGAAUUCUGCCGAAGAUUAUGAUGAACAAGCCCAAUUUGAAAAGGCCAAAGAAUUGGUUGGAUCGGAAUUUGUUGAUUCGGUGCUGUACUAUGCUACAACUUGGUGGCCAGCCAGAGCUAUCGUUAGUGAUGCGAUUAAAAAACGCUUCGAUUUGCAUCCAUCCGGCAAAAUUAUCGAACUCGAACAGUUUUGCCCAUGGAAACAGCAUUUGUACGACUUGGAAAAGGUGGAGAAAUGUGAAGGCGAGAUUUUGUACUGCAUUAUGGCAUCCAGCCCAGGUGAUCAUCGUGUGAUUUGCGUACCAAAAACAGCAAAUAGUUUUUUGUGUCGUAAAUUUCUACCGCCAUCGUGGCGAGGUAUUCGUGAUGAGGCAGUCGCAGCGGUGUCGGGAGUGACUGAUGCCAAAUUUGUACAUGCUACUGGAUUCAUUGGCGGUGGGAAGACUCGCGAUGCUGUACUUGAAAUGGCCAUCAUAUCAACGGAGUCAACAGAAGAAGAGCCGGCUAAAUAGGAGGUCAACUUAGGACAAAAAAAAGUUCCGUUCAGCUGACAAUUCCGAAAUUCUCUCGCUUCAAAACAAUAAAAAAACAGAACCAUAUAUGGUUUAUUCCUAAUAUUUUUUUCUUCAAUAAAAUUUAUUUCGAAAUUC